CUUUGAUUGAUAACAGUUUCAUUGCUUCGAUUGCUAGGUGAUUCUCUAAUUUUAAAGGUUUAUUAAUUAUAUUUAAUACAAAUGCUAUAAACGCUGAAAUGAUGCCUGGUUCAUUUCCUGGUGUGCUGGUAAAUGAUAAUUUGCCUUCAGAUCCAUUUUUGCAGCAACAGCAGCAACAACAUCAUCAACAACAACAAAUAGAUACAAUUAACAAUUCUGGUUCAUUUGAUUUUGAAGAAACUUUGAGAUUAAUCAAAGCAUUGAAGAAAAGAAGAAAAAUAUUAUUAAAUCAUUUAGAUUCAAACUUGGACCUCCUAUCAUUUUGUUUUAUUGCUAUAGUCUUUCUCUAUGAUACAAGUGCUUUGAAGUUAAUUUUCAGAUUACUCAUAAAUUUUGUGGUACUAAAAGAAAAAAUUUUGAUAACAAUAAACGAUAUAUCAAAAGAGCAGUCAUUUGCAUUUAAUUUAAUUUUAUUAUCCAAUUUAUAUUGUUUUAUUUAUCCCAUUUUUUAUGACUUGCCGAAACCAUUGCCUGAUUUAGAUGAAAACAAUAAUUAUUUAUAUGGACAUUACACUUUCCAAUUAAUUGGGCAGAUAUCAAUUGAUUCCAAGUGGUAUCUUUUAAUUUAUGAAAGCAUUAUAUUUAUUUUACAAUGCUUUCUAUUCUAUAUUCGGUUUAUUGUUAACCCCCGAAAAAAGAGUAAUGCUGAAGGUGAAGGUGAAGUGGAUGGUGAUAAUGGUACAAAUAAUACACAGCCUAACAGCAGUCGGAAUAAUAAUUUGAACCAAUCAUUGACGCUAAAUAACCUGCUACAUGAUAUUAACGAUCUUAAAAAUGAAUACUUUCAAAAUAUAACUGUUUUGCAGAUCAAUGUCCAGGAAAUUAUAAAUCUAAUGGUUCCUGAUAGUUCCAAUGAACAAGGUGAACAUCGCAGAGAAGGAAGAUCAAGAAAUGCCUCGUAUGGGGCAAUUACUUGACAUUGAAUGAAAUUGGUCUUGAUUGUGGUGGUUUUGUUGCUGUUGGUGGUUUUGGUGCGCAAAAUACAUGGUUCCCCCACAGGCGGUCUCCUUCUAUACACGUGCCCUGUUGGUCCGAGUUGU